AUGACUAAUUUGGAAUAAAUCUAUCAUUUAUAAUGGCAAGGAGUUUACAAUGAAGAGUUUAAAAAGAUUGGAGAAUGGAGAGUAUUAUGGAAAGGUGCUUAAUUGACUGAUGUUGGGGGAUCUUACAAAAAUGGAAAAAAAUUUGGAUUAUGGAAAGAAUUAUUCAAAAAUUAUUGGGAUAAAGGGUAGGUUUAUGAAAUUGGAGAAUACAAAAACAAUUAAAAAAUAGGGGUUUGGAAAUUUAAAAAUAGAGAAAAUUUAAUGUAUUAGAAUUAUUAAUUUCAAGUGGUGGUGGAGAAUAUAAUGAGCAUGGUGAAAAAACUGGAUUUUGGAUUGAUUUAAGUGAUGCCUUUUGGGAUUCUCAAUAAAUAACGUAUCAGGGUUAAUAUCAAAAUGGCCAAAAACUUGGUUAAUGGAAAAUCUUUAAAGAAGCAAAGAAUGAAAACGUUGAAUUAAUAGGUGGGGGCUCAUAUAAUUCAUCAGGUCAGAAGCAUGGUUAGUGGGAGGAAUCGAAUUCUAAUUUUACCUAGUAAAUUUAAUAUUGAAUAAAUUAGAGGUGAUAAAGUGUAUUAUAAUGGAGAAUAUGUAAAUGGCUUGAAAAUUGGAAGAUGGAAUUUAAAUUCAAGAGUAGAAAAAGGUGAUGAAGAGAUGUAUCAAGUUUUAAUUUUUUAUUUCAGCGCUGGGGGAUUUUAUAAUGAACAAGGUCUUAAAGAAGGUGUAUGGCUGGAAUUGAGUCAUGAAUAUUAAAAGAAUGGAAAGAUAUUUCAUCAAGGAUAUUACAACAAUGGAAAGAAAAUAAAUAGGUGGAAAACCAUUUUUAGGAAUUAAUCAAUUGGUGGCGGAUUAUAUGAUAAAUAAGAACUUAAAGUUGGUCUUUGGGCAGAACCAAGUGAUCUUUUUUGGAAGUUUUUUUCAUUUAAUUCUUGUUUUAGUAAAAAUUAAGUCAUGUAUCAUGGAGAAUAUGUAAAUGGGAAAAAAAUUGGUCGAUGGGAUAUAAGCUUUAAGGAAGAGGGAGAGGAUAGGCCUGAAUGGAUGUUUAGAAUCCCAUCAUAUCAUAAUCCUUAUAGAGGUGGUGGAAGGUAUGAUGAAUAAGGUUGCAAAAUUGGAAAAUGGGUUGAUCUAAUAGAUAAUCUUAAUGACAACAAUUAAGUGACUUAUAGUGGGGAAUAUAAAGAUGGGACAAAAUAAGGGGUAUGGGAUUUAAUGGAUCUUAAUUCAUUGAUAGGUGGAGGGUCAUUUGAUGAAGAAGGUUUAAAACACGGAAAAUGGAUUGAUUAGAGUGAUAAUUUCGGAUUUAUAUAAAGAUUUAAUAAUCAGGUGACUUUUGAGGGAAGUUAUUCCCAUGGUAGAAGGAUAGAUAAAUGGGAGUGGAAUAAUAGGAUCGAAAAAAUGUAGAAUGAAACAACUAUUCAUUUAGGGAUGGAGGAUUUUAUGAUUAAGAAUGUUAGAAGGAUGGUUUAUGGCUGGAAUUGUGUGAAAAUUUUGAGGAGUAAUAUUGGGAAUUAUUCAUUUUCUAGCUUUAAUCAAGUUUUCUAUGAAGGUGGAUAUAAAAAUGGUCGUAAAUAAGGGAAAUGGGAUAUAAAAUUUAGAUAUUAAUUUGAAAACGACAUACUUUUGAUUGGGGGUGGUUAGUACGACCAAGAAAGCAAGAAGAAUGGUCAAUGGGUGGAUUUGAGUGAAAAUUUCUCUAAAGAUAAAAAAAUUUUUUACAAUGGAAAUUAUUAGAAUAGUAAAAAAUAUGGUUAUUGGAAAAUAGAGUACAAAAAUGAAAAGAUAGGUGGAGGAUCCUAUGAUGAAUUAGAUUUGAAAAAUGGAGUAUGGAUAGAAUUAAAUGAUGAAUUCAAUUAGUACUUUCUUUUUCUUAUCAUCUGUAGGGCUUGCAAAAUCUUAAAUAGCGGUGAAUAUAUAAAUGGCAAAAAAAUUGGGAGAUGGAAUACCCAAUAUAAAGAAUGGGGAUAGAAAAAUUAUGAAUAAAUAGGAGGUGGUUGCUACAAUUAGUAAGGUUUGAAAGUUGGUAAAUGGAUAGUUUUAAGUGAGAAUUUUAAAUAAGAUAGUAAAACUAUGUAUGAGGGUGAAUAUGAGAAUGGUAAAAAGAAAGGGAAAUGGUUAAUUAAAUAUAGAGGAAGAUAGAGUGAUCAUUAUUAAAAAAUUGGUAGCGGAUAAUUUGACGAUUAAGGCUUGAAAAAUGGAUAAUGGAUUGUAUUGAGUGAUCAUUUUUCUGAAAUAAAUCAACUAUUCUAUUUAGGUUUAUAUCUCAAUGGUAAAAAAGUUGGAAAAUGGGUUGAUUAGAUAAUAGAAGAAAAGUCAACUCAUAAAUAAAUUCAGUAAUGAACUUAAUCAAAUAAUAUCUAAUAUUACUUUUUUUA